CGACCGAUGAAAUUGAUACAACUUUAUUUGCUCAACUGACAGGUUGCUGGGGGCACGUUAUGCCGGCUUUGCGAUUGUUCGGAAGAAAAUGGUUGGUCGCGUCUGAUGAUCUAGUCUUUCCGGGAUUAUUCGAAUUAGCAGUUAGGACAAUAUGGCUCAUCCUAAUCGUGGUGCUGUACAUCCGUUACUACAGCUACACGUGGGAAUGCUCAAAGGGCGGCGAGUACAUUCGCACGUACAUAUUAGGAAUGAUGUCACUUUUAGCAGUUGUUAUCGUUAUACUCGUUGCCCUGGUUAACAGAAGCGCCCAAGGUUCCAUCACCGACGUGGAGAGCAGAAAGCACGUUCCCGCGAUACUGCUACUCAAAAUAUUCCUAAUCAUUCCAGAAACCGUCCUAAACGUAUUCGGAACGAUGUGGGCAUUCUGCAAGGACGUCAUCGUUUGCGAGCACGAAGAGCAUUUCUCAAAGACAAUCAUCGAAGCUUUAGCCAUUUUCAAUUGGACACUGUUCGGUUUGGCCGUGUUUGGUUUGGCGUUAGUGUUCGACCCGUUGGGGUCGAAGCGGUAUCACGACGUUCAGGAGACACCCGGGGGCGGGGAGUCGUUGAGACUUCGAAAGGGGACGAGCAUCUGGCAGAGACGUUUUCGUUGGGCGUUCUGCUGGUUAAGGUCCGACGAGCAUGGGAACGAAGCGUUUCGGCAGGUGGCCGCUCUGCUAAGCGAUCUGUUUCGCAGUACCGAUCUGGUGCCGUCCGAUAUUGUAGCCGGUUGUAUAUUACUGAGGGUGAAGCAGAAGAAAGAAACGAGAGAAAUGAGGCGAAUUCAGAUGCUGUCUGACGAUGAACCUCGAUACAGUUCCGAUCUCAGUCGAGUUUUUGCCGUCGCGCCAAGAUGGAUGAAUCUGGAGAACGCCCGCCAUUUUCUUCGGCUGUCAAUUGCGGCCUACGGAUGGCCGUUUGUGAUGUAUCGCCACUGCGUCACCGGCAUUUGCCGCCUUUUGGGCCAAAUCACGUGCUGCGGAUGUUUCAGAAGCAAAAGUAGCAUAAUUAUCGACGACAACUGCUGCCUUUGCCACCUCGCCGGUGUAAAAUACAUCUCAAAGUUGCGCGAAGAAGACAUCCUCUUCGCAUCGUUUCGUAAUCACGUCUUUGAGUUGCCAUUUUGCGUGAUAGCAGAUCACAAAACGGGAAGUAUAGUCAUAGCGAUUCGUGGCUCUAUCUCCCUUCGUGAUAUGUUUACGGACUUAAGUGCCGCCAGUGACACCUUCGAGGUACCCGGACUGCCACCGGACACGAUGGCGCACAAGGGAAUGGCCGAAGGCGCCAAUUACGUCGCGAAAAUUCUAAAAGAGAUGUGCAUUAUUGAGAAAGCGCUCGCUUUGUAUCCGGAAUAUGACCUCAUAUUCACAGGACACAGCCUCGGUGCGGGGGUUGCGUGUCUGCUAGCGCUUAAGUUAAGGAAUAAGUUUCCGGAACUGAAAGUGUACGCGUUUGCGACACCAGCGGGUUUGAUCAGCCGGGAAGCUGCAAAAAUUACGGAAAGUUUCAUUUUCACUGUGGGCGUUGGAGAUGACUUCGUUAUGAGAUUAGGAGUUGACAGUAUCGAAAAUUUGAGAACGGGCAUAAUCCAAGUUCUUCACGCCAGCCGUUUACCAAAGUAUCGCGUUGUGCUAAACGGUUGCGGAUACGCCUUGUUUGGAGUACCAUCUGGUGACUUAGAAUCCACUUGGAGAGACGACCUCGUGUCAUCGGGAACAACAUCGCCACUCCUCGAGCAACGUUCAAUACACACAAUCGCAGAGACUACGGAAGCGCAAGAUGCCGUUUUAUUGUCGAGGGACAUUACUCAACGAAGAUUUUCGAAAAUCCGACUAUACACGGCCGGUAGAAUUUUACACAUAGUUAAUAAGAAGCGAACUAAAACAGAACGAAAAUCUGCGGUUGGCGGUCCUGGCUACGAAAUGCGUUGGGCGGUUGCCGAAGAUUUUAUGGAGUUAAAAAUUAUGCCUCGAAUGCUACGUGAUCAUUUGCCAGAAAACGUAUACAAAAUACUCGACACAAUAUUGAGGGAGCAGAGAGACAAUGUUAGCGAAGUUAUCUAAAUUUUUAUCAUUAGGUAAUUAUACUUUCCCAUCUUACCAAUGAGACUAAAUUAACUGUGUAUAUUUUUAUUGAUUUAGUACCAAUGAUGUCGAACAUUUAGUGUAUUUAUAUAUUUUUGUACAAUUGA